AUGGUCGAUCCGGACGCGAGCGAAUGGCUCAAAUCGCAACAGCGAGGUUCUCGCAACCAUCGCAUAAUAAUUGUCACUCUCGGAAUAAUCGUGUUGAUGGGUGCUGUCACCGGAAUUGUCUUUAGCGUCAUGAAGAAUUCUCAUGGAGCACCCGAUGGGUCGGGUAGCGGAAAGAGCGGCAACAACAAUACUAAUACCGGGAACGACCCCAAUAACAAAAAUCCCGGCGGAAAUCCUGCAAGUCCUGGCGCAAAAUAUUUCACCUGGGACAAUAAACCUGUCAAUUUGACCAUAAAUCCAGAUUCCAACCUGAAAAAAUCAUUCUACGGGUUGAAUUACGGACCCGUGAACGCCUCUUUUCCUUGGUGCGGAAACACCUUGGGCGAUGUCAUCGAAGACAUCAAGAUGAUCUCGCAACUUACAAGCAGGCUUAGACUUUAUGGAAUGGAUUGUAACAUGGCGGAUUACACUCUCGAGGCGAUUCUUCUCCUGAAAUUGAACAUCACCAUCGUUCCCACAAUUUGGGUGGACGACAAUGAUACCACUUAUCAGAGGCAACAAGACAGUUUUUUCAAUUUGAUAAACAAAUACGGAGUGGACAACAUCGAUGGCGUGUCCGUGGGCAAUGAAGUCAUUUUCCGCAAGGACAUACCGACACAAAAAUUAUACCAACGCAUCGCUGACGUCCGCAGCAAGGUAAAUUCGAUGGGUCUCAAGAAAAAAUUACCGGUUUUCACCUCCGACCUGGGUUCAAACGUCGAUUCAGCUUUUGUGGCAGCGAAUGACAUGAUUUGGGCAAACGUGCAUCCAUUCUUUGGUGGUGUAAAUAUUAAUCAAGCGGCAAACUGGACAUUCACGUUCUUUAAGGAAAACGAUGUUGCAGUAGCAAAGGGUAAAGAUACCAUUAUGUCGGAAGUGGGCUGGCCAACUGCCGGCGAUUCUCAGCAAGGCGCUGUUCCUUCAUUACAAAAUUUGCAAAUUUUCCUGAGCACCUUCAUUUGUCCUGCAAACGAUCAAGUUAAAUAUUAUUAUUUCGAAACAUUUGAUGCACCAUGGAAAGCGCAGAAAUGGACCAUCUUGGAAGGAAGUUGGGGAUUGUUCAAUCCCGACCGAUCUCUAAAAUCAGGAAUCACUCUUCCUAGUUGUAUUGCUCCAUAG